AUGGCUGGAGAAUCUACACAAAAAAUCGAGCAGGAAAUGCUAUUUGAUAUACCUUCGAAUUAUCAAUCUCCAUUCCCUGAAAGUUCGGCAGACAUCGCGGAAGUUGACUAUGAAACUGAUGAAAAUGAAGAAAGCAAUGGAGAAGAAACUGAUGAUAGUGAUUCUACGUUCAGUGAUGGCUUUGAAGAUAGUGACUUUGAAUAUGACGAUGUCUUGUCUUUAAGUAAAAGGCAUUCAUCUGCAAAAGCCAAAAGUUCAAAGUAUCAAAUCUACAAAGAUGAUGCAGAUGAGUCAGAUUUUGAAUUUGAGGUGGGUUUGUGUUUCAAAACUGCUACAGACUUCAGGGAGGCUGUGAGAAAGUAUUCGAACAAGCAAGGGAUGCCUAUUUCGUUCAAGAAGAAUUGUAGUGACAAAGUUCAAGCUAUUUGUGCAUGUGGAUGGGUCAUUUAUGCCUCUUUUAUAUCUAAGAUUGAUAAUACCUUCCAAGUCAAGUCAAUCAAGAGAGAGCACACUUGUUCCAGGGAUCCAAGCUCUAAGCAUUGCACUUCUAUAUUUCUUGCAAAAAAGUAUCAACACCACCUCAGAAGUAAUCCAGAGUGGCCUGCUGGUUCAAUGCAAGAAAUAAUGCAAAUGGAAAAUCACACUUCUUUAUCCAUUUGGAAGAUGUACAGAGCUAAGAAACAUGCAACAAAGCUUAACCAAGGCACAGAGUUGGGGCAAUAUGCUAAUUUGUGGCAGUACUGUGAGGAAAUUUUUAGAACUAAUCCCGACACAACAAUAAAGAUUAAGUGCAAAAAAGGAUUCAAGGCAGGCUGCAGACCGGUUAUAGGUCUAGACGACACACACUUGAAGACUUCACGAGGAGGAGUUUUGUUAUGUGCAGUGGGUAUAGAUGGAAAUAACAGUAUGUAUCCUAUUGCAUAUGCUAUGGUUUUGAAAGAAAACAGAAAAUCUUGGGAGUGGUUUGUGAGUCUUCUUAUUGAUGACUUGGAGAUGAGAAACAGCUAUGGAUGGACUAUCAUUUCUGACAAGCAAAAAGGGUUGAUCCGAGCAAUAGAAGAUUUGUUACCACAUUAUGAGCACAGAUUUUGCGUAAGGCAUAUGUACAAUAAUUUCAAGCAAAAACACAAGGGUUUGCAGCUGAAAGAUUGUCUUUGGAAAGCUGCUUCAACAACUAGAGUUGUGGAUUUUAAUAGGGAGAUGGAAAAACUGAAAGCAUGUGAUCGAGCUGCUUAUGAUUGGGGUGAUUAUGAUGAGAAGAAUUCAUUCUCAAAGGAUAAAGUGAAAAAAUCUAAUGGAGACAUUUGCCCGUCGGUGCAGAGGACCUUAGAAAACAACAAAAAAAAGGCAUACGAAUAUAUUUUAGAGUGGAAUGGUCAUGAUAAAUUUGAAGUUAAGGGAUGGGUUGGUGAUCAGUGGACUGUUGAUUUGACAUUAAAAACUUGCAGUUGCAGAAAAUGGGACAUCUCUGGAAUCCCUUGUGUUCAUGCUACAGCUUGUAUCUUUUAUAGAAGGGAAAAUACUGAGGAUUAUGUUGAGCAUUGGUACAGAAAGGAUACAUUUUUGAAAGCAUAUUCGCACAUGCUCAACCCUUUGAAAGGGCAAAAAGAAUGGCCUGAUUCUACAUUAAAUACAUUAGUGCCAUGGUACGAAAAACCAAAAAAAGCAGGAAGGCCGUUGAAGCAUGCUAGAAGGAAAGAAUCUGAUGAAUCAAGCCAAAAACAAGUGACUGGAAAAAGAAAUGGUCCCAAAUAUUCAUGCUCAAAAUGUGGAAAGUUGGGACAUAACAAGAAAGGGUGUAAAGAGGCAUCUACGAAUCUAAGUGCAGGCGUGUCUAGUCAAAUAACAAAGAGGCAAAAAUUGCCGGUAAAGAUAAAUGUUGAGAAAUCAAAUUUUGUUGUUAGAGGUUGUGAAUCACUACCACAGGAAUCGUCGUCUGGAACAACUACAUCUUUGGUGGCAACAAGGAUAUACAGAAUGGAGUCAAAUAGACUUGUAACGCAACAAAGUGAUAAUCAUUCUACAGUAACAAGGGUGUACGAUUGA